GUUCACACAGCUGCAGAGUCAGAGGAGACGAGAUGAGUGCUGCUCAGAGUGAAAUACCCCUGGAGGGCCAGCUGGGGGCGCUGCAGUGCCACUUCACCUGGGAUCUGGAGCCCGGCAGAAACAAACUUUUGAGAAUCAAGGACAAGCUGCAGGACAUCGGCACAGAGGGAGAACGCAAGUGGCUGGGACACAUCUACAACCUGCAGGGGUACGUCCACUUCCAGCUGGGGUCCAUUGAAGAAGCCAGGAGCUUCUUCAGCAGAGCCGAGGAGGUCUUCAGGCAGAUGAGAGGAGCAGAGGAGGGUCCCUGGCUGGUGGUGACCUACGGGAACCAGGCCUGGCUGCACCAUCAUCAGGGAGAAGAAGCAGAGAGUCGGGCUUGUCUGUCAAAGAUCGACGUCCUGAUGACUGAGGAUCCAUCGCAGGACGAGUUGCACCCGGAGAUCUGCGCUGAAAAAGCCUGGACUCUGAUGAAGUUCAGAGGAGAACAGAAGCUUCUGGCAGAUGAUUACUUCCAGAGAGCCAUCCGGAUGCAGCCGGAUGUGGUGGAGUGGCAGACCAGCCACUUGUUAUUGUUAGUUAAGAUGUCCAAACACAGCAGACCAGGGGUUGAGGAAGACAUCAUGGAGAAGCUGAGAAAAGCCAAGGAACAGGAUCCAGAGAACCUGUACCUCGCUGCCGUUUACCUCCUGCAACUCGCUGAGAAAGAACAACCAGACCAAAGUGGAGCACGAGAGUUAGCCACAAAGAUUCUGAGAAACCCUGUCAGCAGCUACAGUGGAAUCAAACCUUUGCUGUGGUUUUACAGAACCUUCAUCUCCUUGGACGAGGCUGUGGCUUUGGCAGAAGAGGCUCUGAAGCUACAUCCGGAUGAACGUUAUCUGAAAAGAUGGGUCGCACUCAGCUACAAAUGGAAGAUCUGGGAGAAGGACGGUCGCUCAAGUCCGAGCCUGAUAGAGAAAGGGAUCCGUGUCCAUGAGGAUUUGCUUUCUCUUUAUCCUGAUUCCUCAUUUAUGAAGAGAAUAGACCUCGCAAAUAUUUACGCAAAGUCAGAGAACACCAAGGCAAAAUCUGAGGAGAUCUUCCAGCAGCUGCUUGUAGAAGAUCUGCAACCUGAUGAACAACAAAUCUUCUUCAACAUCUACGGAAAACAUCUGUACUUCACUCAACAGCAGCUUAACAUGUCAAUCCUGUAUCACAUGAAGGCGGUGGAGAUACCAAUCAAGUCCGACUUUCAGGAGAACAGCUUCAAGAUUCUGGAGAAGCUCAGAUACAACCAAGAUGUAGACAGGAGAGGAGGCUCUGCAGCUGAUCUUCACGGACAAGAUGUUGGACAGACACUUCACUCUCUGAAUAUGGAAUCCAGCAUCUGUCCCUGGUCCAGACGGCGUGGAAGGUUCCUGGAGGACGGACGGACAGACAGGGACAAUGUCCUCACAUACCUCCGCUGUGUGCUUCACCAAGCUACUUCCUGUUUACAAAAGUCCAACCUUUAUUUCAAUAAACCUUUAAGCGAUGUUCCCAAGUUGCCUUGAAAUAUGUUUGAAAAGUUGCUGUUGCACGAA